UACACUCUCCACCAAGUAAAACCGAGUUUUGUACGUUUGAAUGAAGUUUAGCGCAAACAUUUCACAUCCAAGUGUUGUACAAGGCGGACAACAGCGCCCGAGUGUUAAGUGCUCCACAAAAAGACUUUCUUACGUUGAACGGAACGGAACGAUCAACGGAAGUACUGUAAAUAGUGACGUGAUCGGGAGAUAGAAGCGACGAACGAAAGGAACUGCUUCUGCAUACAUACGAACGAAACAAACCAAAAUCUAAUCAAAGCACAUAUUUAUACAAAAUGAAUACUCACAUAGUAAUACUCGCAUGCCUUUGCGGUGCUUUAGCAUAUGCACUUCCAGUAUCAAAUAGUGAUCAACCACAGGAAAAUAUAGAUCUAGUACAAAUACCAUUAAAUGGUGACAAGGAAUUAGAUAUUUUAACAUUAGGUGAAUCUGGCCAAUUAACUGAACGGAAUAAACGUACGAUAGGAAUACUUCGGCAGCUAUUCCCAGAGCUUUCAAAGAAUGGCGAUAAUUCAAUCGAUAUGGCUGCAUUGACUGAACAGCUCCAGGAAACGAUUCGUGUUGCAAGACAAGCGGAAGCCGAACAAGCUGCUCAACAGGCUGCCGAACAAGCGAAUCCUGCAGACAAUGAAACAGGUUCAAAUGAUCAACAAGUAUCAGAAUCAAAAGCACCAGCUAUUGAUGAAUUGACUUUGGAUGCUGAAGAGCCUGAUGUCGCCGAUGAUGAUCGUAACAAGAGAUUCCUUAGCUUCAGCUUGGGAGGAUCAGGUGGUGGAGCAGGAGGCUCCGGAAACUUCCUCUUCGACAUCAUCCGUCGUACAGCUGAUCGUGCUGCACGAGCUGCUGGAACUGUAUAUCGUGUUGUAGCCGGAACAGAAUCUCUAGAUCUCAACGAUACAGGUUCACAGAGAUUAACAACCACAACAACCAUUAAACAACAACAAUCACAAGAAACAGGACCGGAAGAACCAGGACAGUCAAUCGAUAAACGGACAUCAGGGACUUAUAACGAUGGGCUAUUCUCGGGAAGUGUUGGUACACAACAAACUGACGAAAAAGCCAACGCUCCAAUCUCUGGAGAAGACACAGCCACCAUUGGUGGUGAUGGAUACACUGAAGGUAUUCCCGGACCAGUAACACGAUUGUUCGUUUUGGCUAAUCGUGGAAUUGCCAACUUGAUCCAAGAUUUGAUUCUUCGCAUCGCACAAACAAGCGAAAGGAUAGUCAACUUCAAGGCACGACUCAUUACAUCACUUAUCUAAAAACAAUCAGCUUUAGAACCAACCAUUUUAGAUAAAACAAUAAAAUCAAAUUAUUUAAUUAAAAAUACUCCAACGAAUAAAAAAUGUAGACAAAUCAAAAAAGUCAGACAUCCAACUGUGACCAUUUAUUAAAACCAAUUUUUUCUUCAGUCAAAACAAAAAAAAUCGAUAAAUAGAAAAAAUAUAUAAAAAAACUAGAAAUUUUAAUUUCUUUUAAAA